AUGCCUGUAACAAGAAGACAUGUCUUAGAAGAACCUCUGACUAAGGCCAGAACACUCAAUGAGGACAGCGGCUAUGACCCUCCAUUCAAAGAGGAAACCCUUUGGGACACGUUGGUAUUCGGACUGAGAUCAGACAAAGUUAGGAAGGACGCAAUCUCGAAAGGAAACUCUCUCACUUUUCAACAAGUCAAUGACCUAGCUAAAACGGAGGAAAGCGCAAAGGCAAAAAUGCAAGCCAUUACACAGGGGUACCAAGCUGGGAGUGUACACUCUGUAAGAAGAAAACAAAAAUCAGAUACCCCUCCCCCCCUAGAGCUUUAACCGAACAUACAGCUCCGGUGCAACGCCAAGUUCCACUUGCACACAAGCACAAGUUCCAAUCAAAUUCAAUGGCUGUUUCAGGUGUGGAAACAAACACGGUACUACUGAUAAUUGUUCAGCCAUGCGUGCUAAAUGCCAAUAUUGCGGGAAAACAGGCCAUUUUGAGCGAGUGUGCAUGAAGAAGCGAUUAAAACAAGUCAAUGUGAUCGCGCAAAGCCCAGAUUACAGAGGCCAGCACAUUUACCUGCUGGUAAACGACGAAGAAGAAACAGAUUAUUGUGGGGACAGCAAUGAGGAAUCUGAACCAAUUACAGUAGUACUCGAUACCAUUACAUCUGAGAACACAGUGGAUGUUGUUAGCAGUAACCCUGAGAGGAUCAUCACUACAGUCAAGAUCAAUGAUACCCGCUCCAUUCCAAUGAAGGUUGAUACUGGAGCAGACACAUGCGUCUUGACUACGGACUACCUGCAGAAGCUCGGUCUUUGUCUGGACAUCAAGCCCAGUAAUGUUGUUCUGAAGAGCUACGGAGGAAAC